UACAUUUUUGUGAGAAAGGUGUAAAAACGAAUGCAGUUGUGUAUCAAAAUACAGUCCUGACGAACCUUGUGGAACCUGUUUCUCAUACCAUGUUCAAUAACAGGCACUGGGUAUUCCAAUAAGAUUCGGCGCCAGCUCAUAGAGCGAAGAGCACACAAGACUGGCUGGCGGCGCGUGAAAUCGACUUCAUCCGGCACGAAGACUGGCCGGCCUGGACUCCAGUCCAGAUUUGAAUCCGUUAGAUUACAAGAUAUGGCAACACUUGGAGGAAAAGGCGUGCUCAAAGCCUCAUCCCAAUUUGGAGUCACUCAAGAUAUCCUUGAUUAAGGCAGUCGCCGAUAUUGACAUGGACCUCGUUCGUGCUGCAAUAGACGACUGGCCGCGCAGAUUGAAGGCCUGUAUUCAAAAUCACGGAGGUCAUUUUGAAUAAACUUUAGUGUCAUAAGAAUCUAUGUUUUGUUAAGUUCAUUUUGGUAUAUGAAUGGUUACAUAAUGAAUAAACUUGUUUCAAUUAUUUUACAUUAAACAUGUGACAGAAUUUAUGACCUGACUAGGUAUAAUGUAAGUUACUUGAACUUCGAGAGAAAAGAAAUAAAUUGGAUUGUAAAGCCUUCUUAUCGCAAUAGGUAAUGUUGAUUUCAAUUCACGUUUGGAAAUAUAAAUAUUUUUUACGAUUAUAUUUAAAAUAUACAAAAACAUAUUUGUUUUUUUGCCAAAACAAUAUUUUAACAAAUACAAGAUAAACAUGUAAAUUGUGAAAUGCGUCUUUUUCUGUUUCUUUCAAUAAUAAUAUUAUUAAUAGCUUUAUGCAAUGCAUCUUUCUACGUAGAUUCAAAAAAUAAACAAUUAACAAUAUUCCGAAAACCUUCGGCAGACGAAGUUAAAAUAUCUCCAAAAACAAUUCAGUAUAAUCAUGGUCGUAUCAGAAAUUUUCCGGCUCACAACUAUAUUCAAGAUGAUAAAAGAGAAGAAUAUAGUCCAUCUACUAAUCACCUGAAGAAGAAUAUAAAGAGCUUUUACAACGAAGAUCUUGAAAAGUUGAAAAGACCGCGUCACCUGCCUUCUAGAGCGAACUUAAAUUUUAUCAAAAAACGAAUCCCUAAGUACAGAAGGGAUGAUUCUUCUUCGUCCGAUACCGAGAGUUCCAGUAGAGAGAUGAAAGACUGGAAAGAGGAAUAUGCAGAAUACUGGCUGGCGAAGAAAUUGGAAGCGUUGAAUACGACUAUGGUCCCUGGAGAUUCUGUGAACAUGGUCGCUGCUAGACCUUGGGGUGUCUCGUGCGGAGACCCAAACCAGCAUGACAUGCCUUGGGGUACGUGCAUGCUGCCCAUGGAAUGCGACGCCGAGUACAGGAUAUACCGCGGCGAUCAUUUCUGCGGGAGAACUGAAUUCGUUUGUUGUUCUCUACAACUAUCCGCAUUCGACAUGCACCAAGAUAUUGACAUUUCAUUUGCCGACUCAAGUCUCUCGACCGAUUCAGAGGAGCGUAAAGAACGAGAUAAAGAUUCAAAGGAAAAGAAGCGAAGCAAGAAAAGGAGAGAUAGACGCAAACGCAAGAGAGAAAGGGACAGACGCAAACGCAAAAUCAAGAAGAACAUCCGAAGAAUUGUAAAGGAAAUCAAGCGGCUACUGAGCAAAACUUACAGGAACGGUACGACCGAACGAAAAAAGAAGACCAAAAUGCUCAAGAAGUUUGUAUCGGACCUGAAGAAGCAGUAUAAGAAAGACAGAAAGACCGUUAAAAAUCUACAUGAAGUUGAAUUAGUGAAGAUAGACGCUGCACUUCAGAGGAAACUGAAUCAGAUAAGAUACGCUAAUGAGAACUUCAUGAAGAACAGCACGUUUAGGGACAUAGUCAUUAACGGCACGAUGAAUAAGUCCGGUGCUAGAAUGCUGGUGGAGGCUUAUCCUGAGUUAUCCAGUUACAUUGAUGCAACCAGACGAAGCGGAGCGUCGUACGUGCCUAAAGAUUAUGUCGAGUACGACAUAGAAUAUGGACUAAAUUACUAUCCUUAAUUUACGAAAAAUACAACUUCAAAUGUAGCGACAAUGGCCCAAAACACCAUCUAACAAAUUAUGAGUUUGGGUAAAAAAAUCAAAAAAUACGUUUCUUUUUUGUAAAUUUUCAAACGGAAUAAAUACUAUCAAAUUUAUAGGCCCUAGAUAAACGUCUUUAUUCAACGGGUUCUGUUUUAUUUCGAUGCACAAACAUCGUUGAAGUUUCAGUUCGGAAAACGGAGUUCUCUUUUAAGGAAUUAUCUGUCUGAAAGCUGCAAGUAGAAUCAAUAAGCUGCUGCUGUAGACGCAUAUCUCGAUCUAACUGAACUACAUAAAUCCUGGUUCAAACGUGUACUUUUUAGUUUAGGAGGUGAAUGUAAAACAGCUAAGCUCGAAUUAAAUUUAGCAUUUUUUCGUAGGUCUAUGCAAUCUUUUCGGCAAUGUCGCGACGUGUCGCUUUGUCAUUAAGGAUCCUCCCGAUCUAUUAACGGUGCUCGACGAGUAAAUUGACGCAUAGACAUAGCCCACUGAGUUUCUCGCCGGAUCUUCUCAGUGGGUCGCGUUUCCGAUCCGGUGGUAGAUUCUGCGAAGCACUGCUCUCGCUAGGGCCAGUGUUAGCAACACUCUGGUUUGAGCCCCGUGAACUCACCUACACAUUAGACUGAAGCUGAAAUAUCCUCUCAAGGCUAUCAGCAUAGGUAAGGAAAAAAAUACUACUAGGUAUUCUUUUUAACCUACCUAUACUGCUAAUCUAGGGAUUAUGCCAGCUUAGCCACUAGGUAAUAAACAAUACUGAUUUAAUUAAAAACAUUAAUAUUCUACAAGAGUGCAAGCUCUUGAACUACUCUGGCAUAGUUCCAGCGAACUGAGUGUGACACGUGCUACGUACAGAUUGUAUCGCUCUCGCGUCUCUUACUACAUAUUUGUUAACAUUCUACAAACACGAGACUGCAGUGUAUUAUAAUAAUAAUAAUAAUGUUUUUAUUUCAAGUAUCCAUGACUCAUAUAAAUUGUUAAUAAGACUUAGACCUAUGUUAGUGUUAUUAUUAGUUAUUAUGCUUUGGAUGUUUGAAAUGUUCUAUUUUUGUCUUCAAUACUUGUACUCAAUGUCAAAGCCUAUAAAUCAAAAUUUAUAUCAAAUCAACAUGAAAUUAUUCAAAAAAAGAAUAUGUUAGAAAAUUAAAUAUAGGCGAAACAACAUUGUGGCGUAUUUUGUAACCCAUUAAAACAUAAGCAAAGGUAGUUGGGAAUUAAUUUAAUAAGCAAAACUGCUACUGCACACCAUUUUUUUUUAUUGCUUAGAUGGAUGGACGAGUUCACAGCCCACCUGGUGUUAAGUGGUAAUUGGAGCCCAUAGACAUCUACAACGUAAAUGCGCCACCCACCUUGAGAUAUAAGUUCUAAGGUCUCAGUAUAGUCACAAAGGCUGUCCCGCCCUUCAAACCGAAACGCAUUACUGCUUCACGGCAGAAAUAGGCGAGGUGGUGGUACCUACCCGCGCGGACUCACAAGGGGUCCUACCACCAGUAAUUACGCAAAUUAUAAUUUUUGCGAGUUUAGAUUUUUAUUACACGAUGUUAUUACUUCACCGUGGAAGUCAAUCGUGAACCUUUGUUGAGUACGUAUUUCAUUAGAAAAAUCGGUACCCGCUUGGAAUUCGAACAUAAUUCGCACCAUUGGUAGAAGAAAGUCGCAAGUACAAUUACUUCAAAUUUUUUUUAUUUCACUAUUCGUUAAAGGAGACCAUGACACAUGUGCUCAACAAGUUUGAAAAAAAUAUUCCAAAAAAUGACGGAAAUAUCGCAAAAUUUGCGAAAUGCUAAGAUUUUUAUUUUUUAAAUGAUUCGCCUUAUUAUUUACGUAAUUUUUGUUAUAUUUGGUCAUUUCUGAAAUUUUCCCUAUCACAAAAGCUUAUUGUUACUUAUACACAAUUUUAUUAAAAUAUACGUGCAUAAAUGAACAUGCCACGAUAUUUGAUGAAGAUGUGAAGUGCGCAAGUUCAGUUACUUGUUUUUUGUACGUGACUUUUUGCGAAUCAUUCAUACCUAAUAUUAUAAGCUCGCUUCUUCUAUGAUUAAUUUCGAUGGAUUUUAAUUUUUAAAUGAAAAUACCUAAUUUUAUACUGUAUAUUUUGAAAAUAUUUCGUAACGUAAUUAUAAUUAAAAACAAAAACAUUAGCAUAUCAGUUGGAUAAACCACACUACAUAUUUACUUAUUUCUUGCGAAAUUUGAUUAUACAAAAAUUUGUAUCACGAAAUUUCUUGUUUGUUUUUAAAUCUAUCACGCACGAGAGUGGUGCAUGGGCACUAGCUGAAUAGUUCUCACGUGCAUGCCGUUACCUAGUUAACUAUCAUUGAUCUAAACGUAUGUGUACCAUUUUGAAUACGUAUAUAGGUACCAUUUUUUACGCAAAGUUAAAUACGAUACUCCUGCAAACUGUACUGCAGAAGUAAAGUUAUGGAUAUUAUUGAAAGAAAACGUAAAUGACUUGAUGCGCAUGCGCAUGCAUGACAUGUCAAUGAGUUUACUGAAGAUGGUAUUAAAUCUAAAUAAAGUCUCAGAGGAAUGUUCUUCUUCUUAUGACGAUGGACCAUAAACUAGUUUAAGUAAUACAGUACAGAACAGUGGAACUAGACAAUGUGAUUCCGUAUUAGCAACUUUGUCGGAAACUAUAAACUUUUAUACAGAAUCAACCAAAGAAUCUCGAUCAAAAGAAACACAAUCGCAUAAUGCAAAUGUUUUAGAAUUAGCGGAGGAGAAAGUCAGUGGAAAAGAAAACCCUAUUUAAACUGCCAAUGAUAUAAAUUUCAUCGCAUCGUAGUUUACCCAUAAAAAUAAUCAAAUAGCAAUGAAAAUAAUUAAAAAAGAAUGCGAGAUGAAAGUUCCUGGCAGGUGAAGAAGUAAAAUAUUAAAAAAAUUUGGUAAAUCAUACCGUUAAUGGAUACAGGAAAAGAGAAGAGAAAAAGUUACGGGAGAUCCAUGUAGAUAAAAGAAAAAAGUGUAACAAAUAAAUAGAUAAAUUGUUAUUUUCCACUAUUAUUGAUGUUUGGGAAAUUCUGAGCGUCAAUAGAAUUGUAUUUUAUUAUAAGAUUUGUAAAAUCUAAGCCUAAACGUAUGACACUGGUAGAUUCGAAAAGCAUAUACUUUGGAAUAUAAUUUCCCAAAAAGUUUAAAUACUGAAAAUGUAGUAACUAUUUGCGAAAAUAUGUUUAUACAGAAUUUGGAUAUAAAUGAUAAAAUUGUGUACACAGCUUGAUGAAUAAGAGAUGGAGUCAGUGAAAGAUUUACGAGGAUGUCAUUCUGACCGGCCUAAAAAGUAGAUGAUUUAAAUAAAAAGCUUUAUUGAUCAUAUAAACCAAUUUCCUAGAAACUCAAAGGGAAAAUUUGGACGAAAAGCUUACUUAUGCUAAAAGUGUUUAUAUCUAAAUUGGACAAAAGAUCAACAACUCUGUCAAAAUGUUAAGCCAGCAACACUAUAACAAUAGACCCUUGCUCUAUUUUCAACACAAAAUUCAAUAUCUGAUUUUUCUACCCAAAUUUUUUUUUAUGCGGUUAUGAAGGUGUAGGAACAAGCGGAUGAUAAAAAGAAAAAGCAAUUGAAAUACGAAUACGAGAAUUAUUUAAAGGACAAAAAAAUUGUACGGGAUAUAAAAAGCACAGAAAAAGAAAAAGCUAAUACAAAAGAAAAACCAGUAGCAAACUUGAUUUAGAAAAAAAAUUGACAUCAAUCGGAGGUCGGAGUUUUUCGCAAGCAAACAAAAUACCCAGUAUAAAAUUUCACUGUUCAUCAUAUUUUAACUAAAGGUGGUUAUUGCUAUAUGCGGCUUGCUGGAAUUGCGAAAGGGGAAGCCAAUGAAAUAGAUGUCAAUGGAUUUUUUUACAAAAUGAAGCAUCGAGGGGUAUCAGAAAAAUAUCGUUAUAUUUGGAGAAUUGUUCAGGAUAAAACCGAAACUAUUUAGUUUUGCACUAUAUAUGUAUAUAUGGAUGUUGCAAGAAAAAUUAUCCACGGCUUUUAAAAAAAAUCUCAUUCUCAGAAUGAAGGAGACUCGAUGCAGCAUGUAGAAACAAAAAAAAACGAGUUUAUUAUGCACCAGACGAAAAGCACUCAAUCGUUCGCAAUGCGAAAGGAAAUACGAAGAAGUAUGUAUUGUGAAACACAUGAUACAAGAGAAUUUCUUUAACUAUAAACGAUUAGUUGAACUUGCUAAAAACUGGUAUGAGGAUAUCGCUGGCAACAAAGUUUUGUGGUCUAAAAUAAAACGAUUAUUUUCUGAUCUCCAAAAUCCUAUAAUUAUUAAUAUGAAAUAUGAUAUUUAUGAAGAAGAACCUAAAUGGGUUAAUACCAAUGCAAAUUACAGAAAGGAAAGGCAGAACAGAAAGGUUCAGAGUGAAAGUAACCAAGUAUUAUCGGCACUAACGCAGAUAUACAAUGGUCUAUCUAUCUAUCUAUUUCUAGAAAUUUCAACAGAGACUUGAUAAGUCCUUGUUAUGGCAAUAAUAUACGAUCGCAUUAUCAUGGUUUUUAUAAAUGAUUACGUCUUGAGCAUUUUAUUGACUAAUUUACUUUUAAAUAUUAUUAUCAAGUCCUUUUGUUUAAGAAAGCUGGUUGAUUGCAUUCAAUAUGUUCAUAUUAACAAUUUAAAUUUAAUGACUACCUUAAGCAUUCAAUUUUCACAUAAAUAAUAGCAAACAAAUGUUGUUGUAGUAAAAAAAUACGAUUUAUUAAAUAUAUUUUAACGUUUUCUGUCAGAGUAGAAUAAGUAAGUUGUUAGUGAUACAGACAUAUUUAUUUUAUUAUUAAACUUGUAAUAAAAACAUAAAUUUAUUUACUAUGA